AUGUCCGCGCAGCGCGCUAUACCAUCAUCAAAACAGCCAAGGCAGCGCCGCAAGCUUACCGAGCAAAAGGACAUGUCCCGAGGCGCGAAACUCGACGCGAUGACGACUUCGUUGAAUAGCAUCCAGAUUCAGCCUCGCACGCCUAGGUCAUCGCGUCCUGGUCGCGAUUGGGCAAGUGGAAGUGAUGGCGGCACGGACGAAGUGGAGUUGACUUUGUUGAACGAAGAUGAGAGGCGAGAGGCCGGCGCCGGGGUAGACGGAUUCGGCCUUGAGUCAGGAGCCGAGAAGGCCAAGUCGACUUUGACCGCAGAGGAUAAGAAAGCUAUGGUACUGUUGUCAAUUUUGUACCUUAUUCAAGGCGUCCCAAUAGGUCUCGCGUUGGGAUCCGUGCCAUUCCUUCUGCGAGAACAUCUAUCCUAUUCGCAACUAGCUGUGUUUGCCCUCUCAAGCUAUCCUUAUUCUUUGAAACUUCUUUGGUCCCCAAUCGUCGAUUCGAAGUUCUUGCCGUCCGUGGGCCGUCGGAAGUCUUGGAUCAUCCCAAUGCAGAGUGUGAUCGGUUCACUUAUGCUCUAUAUAUCAUUUAACGUUGAGAGACUCAUGGAACAUCCGGCAGACAAUGUCUACACGUUAACUUUCGUAUUCACUUCGCUCGUGCUCAUUGCAGCAACGCAGGACAUCGCUGUCGAUGGCUGGGCCCUCACUCUUUUGUCGCAAGAAAACUUAUCUUACGCAUCUACAUGCCAGACCAUCGGGCUCAACACAGGCUAUUUCGCCUCAUUCACAGUUUUCCUCGCCCUUAAUAGCGAGGCUUUCAAUGAGAAGUGGGGCGUUCCUCACCUCGGCCUAGGUACCUAUCUGCGUUUCUGGAGCGUCAUAUGCUUCUCCGUGACCAUAUGGCUGACGUUCUUCCAGACAGAGCGGAAUGAAGUCCUAGAAGAAAAUGACGUGAGCGUCACCGGCGUUUACAAGACUAUUUGGAGCAUCAUGAAACUGAAACACGUCCAAACCUUCAUUUUAAUGCAUCUUUUCGCGAAAAUAGGGUUUGCAGCAAAUGAAGCGGUCACUUCCCUAAAGAUCGUCGAGAAAGGUCUCGGCAAGGAAGAUCUCGCCGUCGCGGUUCUGAUAGACUUUCCCUUUCAAAUUGUCGGGGGAUGGCUGGCGGCAAAAUGGUCCCGUGGGGACGCCCCUCUUCGGCCAUGGCUUUGGGCAUUCUGGCCUAGGCUAGGGUUUGCCCUGAUAGCAACACUCAUCGUGUAUUGGUUCCCCACCCCGCCCAUCUCGAACGGUUUCUUUGUAUUCCUCAUCAUCCACACUGUAUUACAGUCAUUCUCCUCGACGAUACAAUUUGUCGGUAUCUCAGCUUUCCAUACUCAAAUAUCCGAUCCAGUAAUCGGUGGAACUUAUAUGACACUUCUUAAUACCUUCACAAACUUGGGUGGAACGUGGCCGAAAUAUUUCGUGCUGAAAGGCGUGGACUUCUUCACUAUUGCAACAUGUGAAGUCAAGGAAUCUCUCCUCACCAUUCCCGGUUAG